AAGAAGCGCCAAGAUUUCGGGGUUUUGGAGGAAUUUCUUGAGAACUUUUUGGCGGGAGGAGCAACGGCAAAAUCGCAAAGCCAACAUCGGGAUGGCAAAAGGAAAGAGCAGUUCGCUUGCGAAACAGCUUGCUGAGCUGGAAGUGAAGGCUCCGAAGGAUUUUGACCCCGAAGAAAAUGAGGCACCGCUUGGGAGUGAUGAGAGUGGUUCUGAGGAAGAAGAUGAGAAUUUGGGAACGGAGCAUUAUGUGAACGUUGGAAAGAGCAAGCUGCGAAAGCCCGCCCAAGUCGCCCUUGGCCCUCAAUACGCCGGAGCUCGAAUUAGCCGCAAGGAUCUACUGAACAAUGAUGAGGACUCAGAUAUCUCUGGUGAUGAGGAAUCCACUGAGGAACAGGAUUUGGAGGAUAUCAUUGACCCCAAUACUGUUGAUCUAGACGCGGAAGACUUGGAUGGAGAAAUCAACAGCAACGAUGCUCUUGGCGAAAGCGAUGAAGAGAAACUUAAGGAAUUUGUCUUCUGCGGAAGUGGCAAACCCAAAUAUGCAGUAGGUGGCGGCCCAAGCAAUGACGAGUCUGGAUCCGAAAGCCAAGAAGAGUUGCUAGAGGACGGAGACGAAGACGAGGAUGAGGACAUGGACGAGGUCGACGAUGACAAUGAAGAGGUGGAAGAUGACAUUGACGACUCGGAAGAAGAUAGUGAUGAAAGUGAGGUAGGAGACGACGAGCAAGCUCGCCGUGCUGAACUACGAAAGAUGAUGAGUGAAGAGCAAAAAACCGUCGUUGCUACAAUUUCUCAGGCCGCGAAAGCCGACGCUGAGAAGGGCAACGCUGUCAAGGCUCAACGAAAGACAUUCGAUUCAUUGCUAAAUGUCCGCAUUCGCCUCCAAAAGGCUCUUGUGGCCACAAAUUCUAUGUCCUCUUUGGAGCAAAGCUCCGAAACUUCGACACCGUACAAGGCGGCCGAAGAAGCUGCAGUCAAGCUUCUGAACACAUUGAAUGCCAUGCGAUCUGAGCUUGACAAAACAGCAACGAACUCAAAGAAGCGCAAGCACACCGCCAUCGAUGCCACAACGUCCAACUCUGACAUCUGGGCUGCUAUCCAAGCCUCCGAGUCUCAAUCUGUUCCGAAACGUCAGGCAACACUAGCAAAGUGGUCUGCCAGGGUCCGCGGCACAACUGCAGCUCCCAUUUCCCGCAAGCUUAACAAUGUUGCUGAGCAAUCUAUUGUCGACGUCCUCUCUGAGCAGCUGUCUGGUUCCAACGCAGAGCGCCUCAUCAAGCGCACGAGAAUGCCGCGCUCCUGCGCUCCCAUUCAGGUCAAGGCCAGGAUUACUGAAGAUGAGAACAUUUAUGACGAUGCGGACUUCUAUCAGCUCCUCCUUAAAGAGCUGGUCGAUCAACGCAUGGUAGAUUCGUCAUCCGCCCCAUCCAUGGGAGCUGGUGGCCAGCCAAUUGCACAGUGGGCUGCGGCUAAGGAGGCGAGGACGAAGAAGAAUGUGGAUACGAGGGCAAGCAAGGGACGUAAGAUGAAGUUCACAGUGCACGAGAAGUUGCAGAACUUUAUGGCACCGGAGGAUAGGGGAUUAUGGGAGCCGGAGGCGAUUGAUAGGUUCUUCGGCACCCUUCUGGGCCAGAAAAUGAAUCUGGGAGAAGAGGACGAGAGCGAUGACGAGGAGGCGCCUCUGGCGGAGGAAGCGUUGAUGUUGUUCAGGUCGUAGAUAUACCGCUGCUAAGGACUGUGCUUUUAUAGUAUACCCAAAAGUAUGUAAUUAUCGGAUCCGCCCGAUCGCCUUGCUCCCAGUCGGAUAAAACGAGCUAUUUUAUCCUGAGGCAAAGGAGGGAGAAGAUUUGAUCCUUGUUGAGUUUGUAACCUAAGUGGAUAGAUAUAGUAACUACCAUUUGUUCAAGACCAUUGUUUUGUGAGCGACGUAAAAACACUAUUAUGAAUGUUUAAAUAAAU